AUCUCUCUCUCUCUCUCUCUCUCUCUCUCUCUCUCUCUCUCUCUCUCUCUCUCUCUGAGUGUUCAUCUACAUUACUCGAUCGAAUCCUAGAGCGUAUAUACAAAACCAUUCCUCACAGGGAAAAACGUAUAUGAAUAAUGGCGAUUAAGGGUUAUUAUGCAAUCGUCAUUUUGAUGACGUCAUGGCUCGCAAUUGAGUCCCAAUCUGAACAUGUGAUCCCCUUUUCGAGUCCCUUGGAUCGCCAUAGUUUUCCCGAAGAUUUCGUAUUCGGAACCGCCUCUUCCGCCUUACAGUACGAAGGAGCCACCAACGAAGGCGGAAAAUCGACGACGAUAUGGGACCACUUCGCCCACACUUACCCAGAUAGGACCAACAUGGACAAUGCAGAUGUUGCACUUGACUUUUAUCAUCGCUACAAGGACGACAUUAAAUUAAUGAAGGAAAUGAACAUGGACGCUUUCAGAUUCUCCAUCUCGUGGGCCAGAAUACUCCCCAGUGGGAAGUUAAAGGAUGGAGUAAACCAAGAAGGGGUACGAUUCUACAAGGAUCUCAUAGACGAGCUUAUUGCUAAUGGCAUACAACCUUCGGCCACCCUUUAUCAUUGGGACCACCCUCAAGCACUAGAAGACGAGUAUGGAGGAUUUUUAAGCCCUCAAAUCAUUGAAGAUUUCCGAGACUUUUCGAGAGUAUGCUUCCAAGAGUUCGGGGACAAGGUGAAUAUGUGGUCCACGAUCAACGAGCCGUACAUUAUAAGUGUAGCCGGUUACGACAACGGCAAUAAAGCCGUCGGUAGAUGCUCGAAAUGGGUGGACAGCAGAUGCCAAGCCGGUGAUUCGGGUACAGAGCCUUACAUCGCGUCUCACCAUCUUCUUCUUGCUCAUGCCGCCGCCGUUCAAGAGUUCAGAAAAUGCGAUAAGAUUCCAAAAGAUGGUCAGAUUGGGAUAGUGCUGUCUCCUAGGUGGUUCGAGCCUUAUGAUUCGGAAUCCGCUGCCGACAAGGAAGCAGUAGAACGAGCCCUUAUGUUAGAAUUCGAUUGGCAUCUCGGUCCGGUGGUCCAUGGGGACUAUCCCGAGUUGAUGAAGAAGUAUGUCGGGAGUAGAUUACCGGCGUUUACCUCUUUGUUGCUUUUGGACAGAGACGAACAAGACCGGACACUACAUCGGUCCAUGGGAACCCAGAAAGUUUCUGUUUUCAGUUCCGGAAGGGCUGAGAAAGGUUCUAAACUACAUUAAAGACAAAUACAACAAUCCAAUAGUUUACAUCAAAGAAAACGGAAUCAACGACUAUGAUGACGGCACCACAUCCAAGGAGGAAAUUCUUAGGGACGAAUUUAGAUUGGAGUACCAUCAGAAACAUCUUCAGCAGCUCCACAAGGCCAUUGU